ACCCCUUUACAGGAAAUGCGUCCGCACGUGAAAACCGUCCGUAUCCACACACAGGAAGUGGCGCGUGCUCAACAGCAAGCAGAAAGAAAAGUGGAGCUUCUUCACAAAUUUCGAGUCUCCAAAACAAGCAGCAUGUCUGAGUCUUUAAAGCGGAGAAUUGAGGCGCUGGAGGCAGAACUGGAAAAGCUCCAGUCCCAGUUAAAGGAGGAAGCUGGAGAUGGUGAUGAAACGAUGACAGACUGCAGGUCUGAUGGGAGUACCGUUAGCAGUAAAAAGGAGGGGAAGAAAUCAGGAAAAGAGCGUCCUUUUGACUUCACAGCACAUCCCCGACGCCAUGUGGCUCUCAGACUGGCUUACCUGGGCUGGGCCUACCAGGGCUUUGCCGUUCAGGAGAACACGGACAACACUGUGGAGGCCAGGCUCUUUGAAGCAUUACUAAAGACCCGCCUGAUUAAGGACAGACAGAGCUCCAACUACCAUCGGUGUGGGCGCACAGAUAAAGGAGUCAGUGCUUUUUCCCAGGUCAUUACAAUUGACCUGCGCUCUACACAGUUUUGUGGAGGACCAGGCAUCACCCUGCCUGAAAAUACUGACCUGAGCUCCAACACAAAAGGUUGUACGUCUGAACUCCCUUAUGUAAAGAUGCUGAACAGAGUUUUACCUCAGGACAUUCAAAUCUUGGAUUGGGCACCAGUAGAGCAAGGAUUCAGCGCCCGCUUUGAUUGCCAGUCCCGCACGUACCACUACUACUUCCCCCGAGGAUCCUUGGAUGUUGUGUUGAUGGCAGAUGCAGCAAAAAGAUACGAGGGGACUCAUGACUUCCGUAACCUGUGUAAAAUGGACGUGGGGAAUGGAGUCCUGCAGUUUGAGAGAACCAUUCUGUCAGCCACAGUCAAACCCUUGCAGCCCCAGCAGGUUUCCAGCACAGACCAAUGGGAUUUCUUUGUGUUUGAGAUUAAGGGAUUAGCCUUUCUUUACCACCAGGUCCGUUGCAUGAUGGCGGUGCUUCUUUUGAUUGGGCAGAAGCUGGAAGCUCCAGACAUAAUCGAUGAACUUCUGGAUGUUAAAAAUAACCCCAGAAAACCUCAGUACAGCAUGGCGGUGGAUUAUCCUCUGGUCCUGUACAACUGCCACUUUGAUGGUUUGACCUGGCAAACGGAGGCUGAUGAAGUGAACCACGUCCUGUCAUCGCUGCAGCAGCAUUGGACUCAGAGUGCAGUCAGGGCCCACGUACUGCACAGGAUGAUCCAAGGGUUGGAAGAAAGAGGUGGUGUUUCUUCUAACCAUUGCUUGUUGAUAGAAGGCAGCAGGCGGAAAAACUACCGACCGCUGCUGGAGCGCCCGUGCUGUGAGAGCCUGGAGUCCAGGAUCAACCAUUUUGUUAAAAAAGGCAGACUGGAGCGAGAGGAUGGGGAGAAUGGGGAGGAAAUGGUGCACAGAGGCAAAAAAUCCAAACAUUCCCACAAUUCCUCCAGCUUGUCUUUUUCCUCAGAGAUGCCAAAACUAACUAGUGAUCCAAAAACAGAUUAAUUUGCUUGUACCUCCUGGUGGGAAACAGACUUUGGACCAUAUGUCACAUUUUCUGUUAUAGAACAACAUAUUUGGAUUUUUCCUCCUUGUACCGUUUUUAUUCAUGCCGUUUUUUUGUUUUGCAUAAAAUAAACUCGGCUGUGGCCUUUCUGAGUGGAGUUGCGUGUUCUCCCCAUGCAUGCGUGGGUUUCCUCCGGGUACUCCGGUUUCCCCCACAGAUCACAACAUGCCCUAUAGGUUAUAAAUUGUAAGUCGCUUUGGAUAAAAGCGUCUGCUAAAUAAAUAAACAUAAACGCUUUUGUGGGA